AUGUCGACGGCCUUCCUCGUCGAUAACAUCCUCAAUGACAAGGACGAUCAGACGGAUUCCUUGGUAUCGGAUUCCGAAUCAGAGGCCACGUCGACGGACCUAAAGGACUCACUGUGUGACUCACCGACGCGACUCGAGAUGCAGCUGAGUCAGCAGCCUGAGGAACGCCUCGGGCUGCCAGAGGACCUCAUAAGGACCUACACAAUGCUCAAUGGGCGAAUGACCUUUGAGGUGUGCUGCGCCAAGUGUGGGCACUUUUCUCGGCGCUCCAUGGACAGUGAUGUGGAUUUUAAGUGCGUCAAGUGCGGUGCGGCGGAAUUUGUCAAUGAGAAGGAGACGAUCCUCAAAGAAACCGCCAAACCUGUGCUCAAAUUCAGUGUAUCUGCGAUUUUAGGUGAUAAGAAGGACUGUGUCAAAGUUAGAAAUGAAUUCAUCCAACCGCAUAUCUGGCCUUACAUUCAACAUAAUUUAAUCCACCACAACCAAUUAGCGAAUCCCGGUUUCCUCGUGAAUGGCAAUCAGCAGCAACACAUUGUUGUGGGUGGUGAGGCGGACCCCCAUCAGCUGGGCCACGCGCCACCGCACCAAAAUGGGCUCCAACCGAACGGCGUGGACGGGGAUGAGGCACGACUCCAGCAUUCGCGUGACAACAAAGUCAUCGCAAAGCCGCUGGCCAGUCGUCCAGCACCCUUUCUCCAUCAUGGCCUCAACCACCCACACCUUCACUCCCUUCUGGCGCACUGCCGGAAUCCCUACAUGGGUGGUGGUACUGGACCUCAGGUGUUUCCCCUUCCACCAGGACAAGGUUUCCCGUGGGCACACUCAACACGAGGGAAACCCCGCCGAGGGAUGAUGCGAAGGGCUGUUUUCUCAGACUCACAGCGGAAGGGCCUCGAGAAGAGAUUUCAGAUGCAAAAAUACAUCAGCAAACCUGACCGGAAAAAAUUGGCUGAACGUCUGGGACUUAAAGAUUCGCAGGUCAAAAUUUGGUUCCAAAAUCGUCGAAUGAAGUGGCGCAACUCAAAGGAACGCGAGCUCCUGGCUAGCGGAGGUUCACGAGAUCAGACCCUUCCCAACAAGAACAACCCCAAUCCCGAUCUCUCAGACGCCAGAUGUGACCGCACUACAUCCCUAUCGCCUCCUUCAUCACCUAUGGAUGUUACACAGCAGGGAACACCCCCGAAAUCAUCUCCAGGCGACGCCCUGAAGCCCAAAUUUGAGAUGGGCUCGAAGUCUCCUGCUACGGACUCUGGGGAUGGCUUCAAGUUUGAUUUCUCCGAGGAGGCGCGUCACCAAAGGUCCCAAGUUUUCGGUGGCUUCUACGAACAUCCCGACGCCGCCAACUUUAAUGGCACCCUCCCACUAGGAAUGCCCGAUGGCGCCGAGGACAAGAGCAAAAUCUUUUACGAUGACUACGAAUCCAAUUCCGACAGUGACGAAGAGAUUAAUGUAACGUGACUGGCCUAGAUUAAUACCAUACUUUGGUCUCUUGGGGAUGAUCUCUACGAGUCCAGCAACAGACCAAAAUGUUUUUCUCGUGUGAGGUUCAUUUUACUAAAAAAAAAAAGAAUCUGCUUCAAGCAUAACCAAAUAAAAGAUUUCUCAAAAAAUCGC